CUACACCUCAGCUCAGGUAAAGGUGUGGUACUGCGUGGAAGAGUUCUGCUGUCGCCUGUUGUGUUGAGUGGGAGCUAAACUUCAGACACGGAUAUUACUGGUCCACAUCACCAUUGAAAUGGCAACUUUAUGGACCGGGGAGAGAGGGAGCAUCAAGCCCAAGGCAGAUUUCAACGCAAAGGAUGACGCUGUGGCUCUCAGAAUGGCCAUGAAGGGACUAGGUACAAACGAGAAGACCUUAAUAGAUGUUCUAACUCAGAGGAGUAGUGGUCAACGUCAGCUCAUCUGUAAAGCUUACCAAGAAGAAGCCACUGGCAAGACUCUGGUGGAGGACUUAGAAGGGGACACCCUUGGUCACUUUGAGGACCUGCUGGUCGCGCUGGUCACACCCCCUGCCAUCUAUGACUGCCAGGAAGUCACCAAGGCCAUGAAGGGAGUUGGGACUAAAGACAGUGUCUUGAUAGAAAUCUUCGCCACAAGAUCCAACAAACAAAUUAAAGAGAUUUCUGAUGCCUAUUUAAAACAAACUGAGAAGAAGUUGACCUUGGACCUGAAGAAGGAGCUUUCUGGAGAAUUUGCUAAAGCUAUUCUCAUUCUGGCCAAGGGCCAGCGGGAUGAAAACACACAUGUGGAUGCAGCCAAGGCCAAAGAGGAUGCUAAGACUCUUUACAACGCGGGGGAGAAGAAGUGGGGGACAGACGAGUCCAAGUUCAUCGACAUCCUGUGUCAGAGAAGCAUACCUCAACUCAGACAAACUCUGGUGGAAUACAAGACCAUCAGUGGGAAGAGUCUGCAGGAGAGCAUCGAGGGAGAGAUGUCUGGGGAUCUAGAGGAGCUACUGGUGGCCAUUGUGAAAUGUGUGAAGAAUGUCCCAGCAUACCUAGCUGAACGUCUGCAUCAAGGCAUGAAGGGUGGAGGAACGGAUGAGUGUACCCUGAACCGUAUCAUGGUUAGCCGGGCAGAGAUCGACAUGCUGGACAUCAGAGCAGAGUUCAAGAAGCUUUAUAGCUGCUCUCUGCACUCUGCCAUCGAGUCGGAUACAUCUGACUUCUAUGGGGACUGUCUCAAGAAGAUCUGUGGAGGGGACGAUUAACAAUGUAACACUAUGGAGGGGACGACUAAGACAGCAACACAACACUGCAGCCAGAAGAUUCCUGUGUAUCAUACUGGUGCUACUACUGCUACUACUACUGCUACUACUAAUACUACUACUACCCACCAAUAUUACUACUAAUACUACUACUACUACUACUACUACUACUACUACUACUACUACUACUACUACUACUACUACUACCGACUAAUAUUACUACUACUACAACUGCUACUAAUAUUACUGUUACUACUACUACCACUACUACUACUACUACUACCCACUAGUAUUACUACUACUACUACUACCACUUUUACUGAGCUACCUUCCUCUCAGUCUACCAUUCCAAUAUACAGUACUGGGUCGUGUUCAUUGGCCACCUGAUCUAAAAAAAUAUAUAUAUACUGAAAAAGGGAGGGACUAGAUGGACCAAUAAGAAACACUCAUUGUCAUUUUCCGUUGCAAUGCCCUAAUGAACAUGACCCUACUGUCUUCCUACCAAAUCUACUCGUCUUAUAAACUUUUAAAUUAAUAUUUUAGAAUAGCUGUUGGUAGUAGGGAAUCAUUGUAAAUCAGUGCUGUUUGAUUUUACGUGAUGACUGUUCUCUUUUAAUCUCUCUCUCUAGUCUGAUAGCCACAAAUCUGAUAGCCACAAAUCUGAUAGCCACAAAUCUGAUAGCCACAAGUCUGAUAGCCACAAGUCUGAUAGCCACGGGGAAGUCUGAAAGCCAUGGGAAGUGUGAUAGCUAUGGGGAAGUCUGAUAUCCAUGGGGAAGUCUGAUAGACAUGGGAAGUCUGAUAGACAUGGGAAGUCUGAUAGCCACAGGGAAGUCUGAUAGCCAAAGGGAAGUCUGAUAGCCACGGGGAAGUCUGAUAGCCACAGGGAAGUCUGAUAGCCACAGGGAAGUCUGAUAGCCACGGGGAAGUCUGAUAGCCACGGGGAAGUCUGAUAGCCACAGGGAAGUCUGAUAGCCACAGGGAAGUCUGAUAGCCACGGGGAAGUCUGAUAGCCACGGGGAAGUCUGAUAGCCACAGGAAAGUCUGAUAGCCACAGGGAAGUCUGAUAGCCACAGGGAAGUCUGAUAGCCACAUUGAAGUCUCAUAGCCACGGGGAAGUCUCAUAGCCACGGGGAAGUCUGAUAGCCACAGGGAAGUCUGAUAGCCACAGGGAAGUCUGAUAGCCACGGGGAAGUCUGAUAGCCACGGGGAAGUCUGAUAGCCACGGGGAAGUCUGAUAGCCACGGGGAAGUCUGAUAGCCACGGGGAAGUCUGAUAGCCUCGGGGAAGUCUGAUAGCCACGGGGAAGUCUGAUAGCCACAGGGAAGUCUGAUAGCCACAGGGAAGUCUGAUAGCCACAGGGAAGUCUGAUAGCCACAGGGAAGUCUGAUAGCCACGGGGAAGUCUGAUAGCCACGGGGAAGUCUGAUAGCCACAGGGAAGUCUGAUAGCCACGGGGCAGUCUGAUAGCCACAGGGAAGUCUGAUAGACAUGGAGAAUAUGAAAAGUGUCUGGAAAACCUCUGUGGAGGAGAUGAUGAAUGACACAAGUCCAACACUCUCUGUGUUUCCUUCAGCAAACUAUGUACUGCAUGUGUGCUGUACUUGCGUUUUAUGACAUGAUUCUAACUUACAUCAAUAAAAACAUCUAAUUAAGAA